AUGGACCAGUCGAACACCAACGUGACUAAUGCAGCCGAUAUCGGGAAAUUCUGCUGCCUUGCUUUAGCAGCUGCAGUUGGCCGCCAAAAGGUCGCAUCCCCCGGGAGCACAGCGUACGACGCUGCUCUGCAUUCGUACUUUCCUACUCAGCAAGCCUCGUUGCAACCAUCCUGCAUUGUACUGCCCCAAUCAGCUGAAGACGUGUCCGCCGCUGUGAAGUCGUUGGUCCAGCUGCAGGAGGAUGGCAGGAGCUGCCAAUUUGCUGUUCGUUCGGGUGGCCACACGAGCUGGGCCGGCGCCUCUAACAUCCAGUCCGGAGUCGUGAUCGACCUUGGCGCCGUCAAUGCUGUCGAGCUCGCCGAGGAUAAGUCUACAGUUUCGGUUGGGGUGGGGGCUGUUUGGGGCGAUGUGUACAAGGCUCUCGAACCACACGUAUUGAGAAAAAUGGUUUUGGCCGCUGAUAAUUUCAAAGUAACUCUGUCGUCCACCAACGAAGUCAUUCGAGCGGCAUGUGACAAAUGGCGUGCGCAUUACCCAUCGAUCAAGGACGUGACCAGCAUCAUCCUCCCGCUCGUGCUUGAGCCGCUCCCGCCCAUCAUGUACCAACGUCACGCCGCCACGAACAUCCUGGGCCUGGGCGAGCGGACAGAGGCACUCGUGAUCGCCAAACUGUCGGUUUCCUGGGCGAAUGCGAGUGAUGAUGCUCUUGUGAACAGCACCGCGCGUGCUCUUGUGGACGAUAUCAUCGCUGAGGCUAGGAGUUUGGGAGGCCAUGACCCGUACAUCUUUGCCAAUUAUGCGAACAAGGACCAGGCUCAGGAUGUCAUUGGGAGCCACGGUUCGGAGAGCGUGGCUUUUCUCAGGAAGGUCAGAGAGGAGGUUGACCCCAAAGGCGUGUUCACCCGUAUGGUUGCAGGGGGUUAUAAGAUACCAGACCAAUAG